GGAGAGAGCAAGAAUAGAGAACAACUCACUGAGCCCGUAAAAAGAAACAGAGUUGACCAAUCAUCAAAAAAAAGCAUUGAUAAUCAGUGCAUAAUCUAUGCAUAGAGAUGCCAUAGGAUAUUCCCCAACUAUCAAAAUCUCUGGACCUUACCAAAAGAGCUAAUGUUUUGUUAUAGUUGUUGCCAGUGAUAAAUGUUUGCAGCAGCUCCUGGAAGACAAUGUGUUUUGAAAUGUUAUACUGAAUUUUGGAUCUACUUUACUAUGUAUGGAGUGCACGUUAUAAAAUUGUUCUUUAUCCCUUCAAAAGCAGCACUUCCAGGAGUAACCCCCUUUCAUGUCAGGUGAGCAGGUGUUUACUAUAGAACGGUGAAUAAAAGGGAGGAAUGAAGUGCAGUCCUGGACGACAGCUGUCAACCAAUCCUUACAUAUUGUGUGGCAAAAAAUAAAGAGACAACUAAUAUUAGUCAUGUCUUUUCUCCUUGCUGCUCUCUGGUAUUGUAGAAGGCUCUAUGCAUACUUAGCACAGCUGUUGAAAUGGUGGAGUAGAUAUCUGCAGAGAAAAUUCAAAAAGAACCUCAGUGUACUGGCAGAAGUUGAUCUGCUUGGUUAUUGUGCAAGAGAAUGGAAAGGAGAAACCAAGCAGGCCAAGCAGAUGAAGGCGGCUUAUGAAGAACUAUUUUGGAGACACCAUAUUAAAUAUAUACGACAAGUCAGAAGAGAUAACUACUGUGCAUUAAGAGCUGUGCUGUUUCAGGUAUUCAGCCAGGGCAUUUAUUUUCCAUCAUGGAUGAAGGAGAGAGACAUUUUAAAGCUCCCCGAAAAGCUUCUGUAUUCACAAGGCUGCAACUGGAUCCAGCAAUAUAGUUUUGGACCAGAAAGAUACACAGGCGCCAACGUGUUUGGAAAAUUACGUAAAUGUAUUGAAACAUUAAAGACACAGUGGACUGAAAUAAGUGGUGUUAAAGACCACGACGAAAGAGGAAACAUGUGCAAUAUCCUUUUCUCUGAUGAAAGCAAGGAACAUAAGCUGUAUGAGGCUAUAAAAUUCAUCAUGCUUUACCAAGUUGUGGAAGCCUAUGAACAGAUGAAGAAUGAGCAGAAACGUGUACCCAUCCUUUUUAGCCUCCUUUUUGCUCGUGAUACGUCAUCUGACCCUUUGAGUUUCAUGAUGAAUCAUCUGAAUUCCAUAGGGGACACGGGUGGUCUGGAGCAGGUUGAAAUGUUUCUUCUUGGAUAUUUACUUGAAGUAAAGAUAAGAGUCUACAGACUGUAUAAGUUUAACACUGAAGAGUUCCAAGUAAACUUUCCAGAGGAGUAUCACAGGGACUGGCAGGAAGUCUCUCUUCUGACUGAGGAUGACCAUCACUAUCACAUCCCCAUUAUUAGAAUAUAAGACUGAUUUCUAACCAUGCAGUAGAAGGAGUGACCAUCUCUAGUAAAUUAUCACCUUUAAGCCAAGUCCUUUGCUGGCAACAGUAGGAUUUCAAGUAACACAAAAUAAUGACGAUAGGGGACACAGGUUUAUUAUGUUAACUUCUUGCUUGCUUGUACUGACACAUAUCACCUGUGAUCUGCCUCAGAAAAACAUGAAAUACAUAAUCUUACAAUCAGGACAAACUGGCAUAUUAGGGUUCUCAAAUUUAAAAAAUAUGGUAAAUCUCCUGUGAGAAAACAUUAUCACUAGAUAGUUGAUAGUCACUUGUUGAGCUAAGUCCAAAACACGUGUUGUGCAUAAACUUACAAUGCCAAAUGAUACCUAUUCUUUGUUUAAGAAGGGUGCUUCACCCACUGAUUUGGGAGAGAAACAAAGGCAAUAAUAAAAAUAAAUAACUUGCAAUAUAGCUUUACUCAAUAUAUACUCUUCCCCCUGCCCUCCCCCCUCCCUUCUUUUUGGAAGGGUCAGAUUUUAAUGUUACUUAUCAAAAGUAUGUAAAGGAUUUUAUUUGUAAUUGGUUUGAGAAGGCGGGGCACUUCAGUGCAUUUAUAAAUACUGGCUUUUCACAAAAAUGUACAUUAUAUACAUUUAGCAGGACUCACAUUUCCUAAGCUUUUUUGUAUAUACAAUUUAAUACCUUUGAGUUACUUUCCUUAAUUUUGACAUCAAGGUUACUUCUAGUUUUUGAGGGUCUUAAGAAGUAUCCAAGCAAAUUGUCUUAAAGUGUGGUGAAAUAGCAGUUCCCACCUAUGUUCAUUAAAAAGAUAACUACUAGGAAGGAAGGGAAAUGCCAGAUACAUUAAAAAAGCAAGUAUCACUGUCUUGUAUAGGAAGCUUUACCACAUUCCCAUCAUUCUAAGAAACUGAACUGCAGUUCCACCAUUUUAUAAAAUUAGGAAGCUUAACUUUAAUGAAAAUUAAAGUGAUAACAGUUUAGCAAUAUGUUUAUUUGUGGCACAUGAACAUUAUCCUACAUAAGGCUGCGAGUUUGUCAUAGAGGUCACGGAAGUCUCAGAUUCCAUAACUUUGCGGGACCUCCAUGACUUCUGCAGCCGCCCUGUCAGGGAGGGAGUGAGGGCUCUGGAUGGCAUUUUCCCCGGGGGCUCCCCAGAAGUGGUGACAUCCCUCAGCUCCUACGUGGAGGUGU